AUGCCUGAAAAACGGAGGAAGGAGAGGCAGGCAGAGGUGACGGCGGCUCGGAGGGUCGCUUCUCUUCAAUGGGUCGAUCUUUUCCUGCGAGAUGAACUCAGACCACGUCAGGAGGAAUUUCAACGUUCUUCAUGGGUUGAAGGAUGGAGAAAGUUUUACAGGGAUGAUCCAGUUCAGCCCAGACAAAAAGAAGAAACAGAAGAAUUGUGCUUUCAGCGCAAAAUCAAUGUGACCCUCUCCAGCAUCCAGGGUUUGGAUGUUAGCGGCAGUUUAAGAUGGCAGAGAAGCAAAGGCAGACGUCCAGAAGAAGACGAAGAAUUCAUGAAGGCUCUCGUGAAAGAAUAUCAAAAAAUCAUAGAAAAGAGGACGGGAACAUCAAGGCUGCGAAUGGACAUGGGUUCAGCGUGUAGAUCUGUGAGGUUCUCUUUCUGGCAGAUUCAUCUUUCAGCAAGUCCACCUGGAGGUUGA